AUGAUAAAAUUUGGAUCUAACUAUGCCUAAAAAAUAUAGCAUUUAUAUUCAAAUAAGCCAUUUUCAUUUGCAGUAUGAUAAUUAAUUGAAUUAUGAAGAUAAUUGGAAGUGGUCCAGCAGGUUUGUAUACUGCUAAACAUUUAUUCAAUGAUAUUGAGAAUAUUAAUAUUCAUGUUUUUGAAUAGGAUCUAUGUCCAACAGGAUUAAUUAGAUAUGGGAUGGCACCUGAUCAUUAAAGAAUUAAGAGAGUCGCAGAAGAAUUGUUGACAAUUAAACAAUAUGAAUAAUGUCAUUAUUUUGGAGGUGUCACAAUUGUAAUAUAUUCUCUCUCUAUUUAUAAAAGGGCAAGGAUAUAACUAUUGAUGAAUUAGAUCAUAUGUAUUCUGCUGUAUUUUAUGCUUUUGGUGCAUAAUGUGAUAAACCAUUAAAUAUUCAAGGAGAACAAUUAAAUAAUGUUUAUUCGGCUCGUUAGAUUGUUAAUUGGUAUAAUAGUCAUCCAAAUUACUAUGAUCUUGAUAUUACAUUUAAGAAUAAAAAUAAUAUAGCAAUCAUAGGGUGUAAAACUAUUUUUAUGUUUUUAGAAAUGGUAAUGUUGCACUUGAUAUUGCUCGUAUAUUUGGAUUAAAUUAAGAAGAAUUAUAAAAGACUGAUAUUAAUGAGAUUUCUAUUGAGAAAUUGAAGAACAAUAAUAUUACUAAUGUAUAUACAAUUAUAAGAGGUAGAUUGUAAUAAUAGGGAGAAGAGGUUUAGUUUAAUCAUAAUUUUCAUUAAAGGAAUUAAGGGAGAUGACAAAAUUAACUUAAUUUAGAUUUUUGCUCUAUAAACCAGAUUUAAUUUAGAGUUUGAAUGAGGAGAGUUAGACUGAAUGUAAAGACUUAGGUAUAAAUUAUGGAAAUGUGGUAUGAUUUUAAUAUAGAAUAUAAUAGACUAGGGGAAAUAGAAGAAAAUUAGAAUUUAUGAGAGGAUUUGAAAUAAUUGAAGAUGAAGCUACAAUGGAUGCAAUUUUGUAAGAGUAGAAUACUAAUGGAAAGAUUAAUGUAAUUUUAAGAUUCUUGCUUACUCCUAUAAAAAUAGAGUAGAUCAAUGAUUAAUUACAUUUGAAACUUUAACAUAAUUAAUUAUCAGGGAAAGCAUUUAAUUAAAUGGCAAUACCAAUAGAGGAAUAAUCAACUAUAAAAUGUGAUAUGAUUAUUAAAUCAGUUGGUUAUCAAUCUCAUAAGUAUUUUAAUUAUAAUCAUUAACAAAUUAUAGUAUAGAUUAACAUCUACCAUGGAACUAUGAAUAAAAUAUAAUAGAUAAUUCAGAUGGAUGUAUAAAAAAAGAUAAUUCUAAAUUGAAAGUGGGAUCAUAUGCUUGUGGUUGGAUAAAAACGGGUCCAAAAGGAGUUAUAGAUUCUACAUUUGGAUCUUCUUAGGAAACUAUAGUUAAUUUUAAGAAUCAUAUGGAUGCUGAUUUAAUCAAAAAUAUUCAUGAUCCAUAUGAAGAAGUGGUGAAUUUACUUAAAUAGAGAUCAAUCAAUUAUAUAGACUUUAAAGUUUGGGAUAGAAUUAAUGAAUUUGAAAUAUAGUAAGGAUUAAAAGUAAAGAAACCUAGGAUAAAAAUAACAAAGAAUAAAGAAUUCUUGUAAUUUUUAUGA